AUGAGCUAUAAGAGCAAUUUAUUGAUGUUAAAUAAUGUUGAGUACUGGAUUAAUAUUCCACUUGAAGAGAACACCAUCAUCAGUAGGGUAAAUGCGGAUGACGAGUAUGGGGAUUAUGAAGACACUGAUAUCGUUGUGGUUUGGGAGACAGCAGUUCAACCACUCACUGAUAUUCAAAGGCUAAUAUUUCUAACUCUGACAAUUCUCGUCGCAUUUGUGUCAGUUGUGGGGAACUCUCUUGUAUUGUAUGUCAACAUUUCAAGGAAGCAGCGGUUUUUAUUCAGAGCAUGUUUAAUUUCACUUGCUAUAAGUGAUUUGAUUUUCGUGGCUGUCACUUCCUGUAUUUAUCUCUCCAAGUUUAGCACUGCAAAUUCUGCUGUUUGGAUAUUGGGACCGGCAGCUUGUUCAUUCCUCCCAUUCUUUCAAACACUGGCUGUUCUUGUCAACAGCAUACUCUUGGUUUGUAUCGCACUUGACCGGUAUAUGGCCGUUGUGAGAGUCAUUAAAGGAUCAUGGGAACCGAGUAAACUGUUCACCAUCACUUGUUGUAUUAUCAUUUGGGGAUUUUCUGCGGGAGUUUCAAGUCCUUUGCUAUCAAUCUACGAUUACCUUAAAAUAUAUAUUGUUCCGUUACCUGAGCCCGACGAUGAAAAUCCACAGCUGACGUAUUAUGUUCAAUACUUAUGUGGAAGUGACAAAGCUGAAAAUGGAUACUUCUUUGCGAUUAUUUUCUCUUUCAUCUUCGCCCCACUUCUCAUCACGUUCCUUUGGCUGAAUUCUGUGUUGGCGAAGGAAGUUUGGAAGCGUCGAAUUGACGUUGCUUCAAGCAUCAGUGAAGCGGAGAACACUUCAACAUCUCAAGCAACUCCUGGAUUGAGAGCACAAGACGCUUAUGUUUCGCCCGAAAUAUCAGCUCGUCGAGCAGAAAGAAGGCAACGUCAAGUGAGAAUGUUCAAAGUGAUACUUGUGUUAAUGGCAGUAUUUUUCGUCUGUCGUCUGCCGAAUUGGAUUUAUACUCUCUACAAAUUGGGCAAUAUCGUACAAGACAACUUUUUUUGGGUUGUAAAUUAUGCGCUUGGUAUCGUCGUGAUGGCCAAUUGCAUGCUCAAUCCUUUCCUUUACACUUUCUUGAGCGAAACAAUUCGCUUGACUACAAUCUUUGCUGGAAUUAUUUGCGGUGUUUGCACUCCAUGUGUCAAACUAUUUAAAUGUCAAACAUCGAGAAAAGAAGAAAUUCAGGGAAACGACGGCGAGAAAUCUCAUUCAAUUGAAUAA